AUGCAUCACUACCAAUAUACAAUACUCAAUUCCUCUAUUCUUUUCAUCGUUGUUUUUGGUGUUAUUGCUGUUGGUAUCGCCUAUACAUUACAAUACAUGCCCGGUCCUAUCACUCAGAUAACGCUUGCCAUUUUUGGUGCCUGUGGAGGGCCAAUGGCCGGUUUAUUCUUCCUUGGAGGACUAUUUCCCAAUGCUAAUUGGAUUGGUGCUUUAGUAGGGAGCAUCACGGCUAUAACAUUAAAUAUGUGGAUAGCAGUUGGUGGUCGACUAUUCGGAAGUGCUGCAAUUCGACUAGAACCGAUUACCACCAGAGGGUGUUUUCUAAACGACUCCUCAAUUUAUCCAAUGUUGAACAGCACCAGUGUGUCGUCCACCAUGUUGAACAGCACAAUUGCAACCAUGGACAUUUCGAACUCGGUAACAGACAUGGUUGAAACAUCGCUCGACAAUGUUUUUCCAAUCUACAAUAUAUCUUACAUGUGGUAUGGACUCAUCGGCUUUAUAGUGACUAUUUUACUUGGUUUAGUGGUCAGCUGUGCUACAGUUUGUUUAUGA